ACCAUCAACCACUCAGUCGUUCACGGUCUUCGGCGGCGUACAGACGGAAAUUUUUGUCGUAGUUUACGUACGUCCGCCGUUUCGAUUCCUCGCGCUAUUGCACAUACGUACACAGAAUCAAAAUACAUUAGUAUUGGAAGAAGCUUGUUGGUGGCUAAAGGAGGCAAGAGUGAGAGAGAGGGAACUGCUUCAUGCGGUAGUGUGCAAAGUAGGUGUGACUUAGUGGUGAUUAUUUGGUGAUAGAGGUGCCAGGCUAGACAAUUUUUCGAUUUAUAAAAGAAGAAAACAGAAAUUGCCUACUUUUUGGGUUGAAAAUAUUGCAUUUUUCAUUUGCGAUAGACAACAAAGAUCCAGUAACGACAAUCGAUAUCCUUGAUUGCACAACAAAAGAUUUGGAUACCUACCCUUCGCAUGACGUCUUGUCAAGAGAUUGUUUUGGAGAAUUUUCCGCGUUACCAGAAAAGUUUUUUGGCCUAGCUGCAAGAGCAUGACCACGUCAAGAUGCGACUGGAGGAAGACUUGGUGAUCCGCAGAAGCCGUCCAACAAUGAUUUCAGCGAAGUACCGCGCUAGAGAAGAGCGCAGACGUCUUCUAAAAAUUUCCGCUGGAAAACUCAGGAGGAUCGAAGAUCCUGAGGCCAGUCUUUGCCGCUCCGUCCUAAUAAACAACGCAGUCAGACGACUUCAACGUGAGAACAGAGACGAAAAGACAAGGAAUUAUGGUUUGCCAAUGGUGGGAUACUUAGACGAUUCCUCAAAAGAGAAUAAGGCUAGUGGAAACAUGAUGAUGGAGUCUGAAAAUAUAUCCAAAAAACGAUUCGGUGAAGAAAUGCGAGGAACUGAACUAGUUACCUCCAAACGUCAGAGGCACGACGAUGAUCUGGACCUUCAGGACGAUGUUUUCAGUGACUUUUACAUCCUUCCACCCACCCCACGCCUCCUCGCCCAUCCAGAAGAUCCCCAGCUUCAAGAGAAUUCAAGUAAUACUCUAGAUAACUAUCACAACCGUCACGAGAGCCCACGAAUGACCAACACCACAAAUAACAAUAGUUUAUUUAUCACCGAUGAUAUGUCAUCACUCCCAUGCGACCAACAACCAACAAUAAUGAUGGACUCGACGGAAAUUGAUUGUGAAGAACGAAUUUGUGAUUUUUCGAGAUUCACAGACUCCACGAAAAGUUUAGAGGAGAGACUUGCAGAGCUGCAAACACUUGAUGAGCACUUUGACUUGACAAAAUUCGAGAGAAACAACAAUCAGAGCUGUGGCAGAGCCUUUCACGAUAUUCAGACUUUCCACAGUCUUGUACCAGGACUUGAGACCUAGAGAAAAUUAUUAAAUCAAUAGUGUAUCGUUUAAAUGGAUAAUUACACGUGUUCAAUGAUCUUGAAUGUGGAUCAUUGGGAAAUCCUUUGGAGAAUGAUUGAAAGACUGCACCAAGGGCAACUGGAGGAGUGGAAACAUCAUUCAUGAGAAUGUUAUCAUGUUUGUAGGAUGAAAAGUAUCGUUCAAGUGGAGGAUAGACUGCCUUAAUCGAAUUAAUACUAAAAUUAAUUAAUUGAUUGAUUGAAUGAAGAAAUUGAAACUUUUGGAAGAAUUAAAUUAAUCAAGUGGGAUUGUUUUAUAACUUUUCAUAUUAGAUUAUUAUUUUAGACCUCAGGGGCUGUUGAAACAGCUGAUGAAAAUUGGUCGAUUAAUCUGAGAUUAAAGUGGUAAAACGUAAUUAUAAGUUUAUUUGUAGUAUGUAUCGAUUAUACGUGAUUUUAGAGAAAAAUACCAAUAAAAAAACCUUUGGAGGAAAUUUUUUCAAGUGCGAAGAAAAAAAAUCUUACAUUUCACUAGUUUAACACGGGAAUAAUUGCAUCAUUAACAGUCUUAUUAAAUGCAACACAAUAUGUUUUACCACUGAAGAACUGAAUUAUUUUUCCACUUGAAGAAUUAUGUUUCUUUCGCCAACACUAUCGAGUUAAUUUGUGAAUAGUAUUCAGUUUUUAUUCGUGAUUGCUUAAAUUACUCGAUACUUCGGAAGAAACUGAACAACUAGGUGGCAGAACAGAAGAGAAGGAAACAGAUUGGUACUCUCGUAUUAGAAAGAAGACUCAUCACAAAAUCGUGCACUUGUAAAUAAUGUUUUUUUUUAUCCCAUAAUUAUUAUUGUUAUAAAAUGAAAUUCCAAGGAAUCUCAAGUUACUUGAUUGGAGAUUUAUGAAAACAGAACCUUAAUUAAUUUUUUUUCUCUGUAAUUUAUAUUUCGUUGAGUCGUCAUUAUCCUGUUAAUUAGAAUCUGAAGUGAAAUGGUCAAUUUUGAAUGUCGAACAUUUUUGCUAAAUAUGCAGUUAUGAUUAAUUGUUGGGCUAAUUAUUGACCAUUCGAAAAAAAAUAAAAAGACAUUUUUUGUGGUGGCUAAAAUUUUUAUUGAAAAAAAGUUGACAUUGAAAGGUAAAAUGCUUAAUUAUUGAAAUAAUAGUUGAUGAUGAUUCCAGAAUGCCGCCACUUUGAAACAGACAAAACGUUCCAUUAAUUUUCAAUAGCAAACACUCAACUCAUAAAUAUUAAAUCAAUGAAUAUAAACGCGAUUAUGUAAGUAGUAGAGGUAUGUAUUCAAAUACAUACGUACUCAAUUUUUUUUUAUUAUCUGGUGUCUUUUUUUUAGAAUUUUUUCUUAAAUCCUUCUCCCUGGUUUUUUAAAAUUAAUUGAUUAGUUAAUUGUACUCACUGGGUAGGUAAAUGGAAUAAGUAAAUAAAGUUUAUAAUAAUGAUGUAUUUGGAAGAUUUAAAUUUAGAACUAAAGAUUAUUGACCGCAGAAGUGGAACGAUGGAUAGGGAGUUGCGAGGAAAUCUUUGGGCGCACAGAGGAGAGAAUUAUCCAAAUGAAACUUUUGUAUAUAUGAAAAAUGAAAUACACAAGGAGAUGGUUAUGUAUAAAGUUGCGUUAGUAUUUUAGACUAGAUAUCCAAAUCAGUUACCAAUUAUUCGAGAAUGAUAAAUGCAAAUAAAUUGCACAAAAAAUGCAAUGUGA